UACUGGAAACGACUGUUACAUUUGUUUACUUGUUCAAUCUUUCAUUUGUGUUUUUUUUUUUGUUCUGUUGGGGUUGUGGGUUUCCUGUUUUGUUGUCAAAGGAAUGAACUUUGUAGUUGGUUUUAUCAAUCCUAUCCUAUGUAUGUACAUUGAAUGUCUGAAUUCCUUUGUUCUGGUUUUUACUCAUUACAAUGUGAUUAAGGUUUUUUUAAACAUGAAAUUUUUUUUGUGAAGUUUGGAGCUUGAGUGUGCUGAUCUGUGAAAUUUUUGGGGGAAUUCCAUUUAAACACAACCCCCCCCCCCUCCCCCACCCAAAGGCUGAGUGGGGGUGUAGAGAGCAUUUGGGUGGGUUUCAAUAGAAACUCACCUUGCAGUAGGAAUUAUGAUGGGGUUGUAAAUUAUGAGUUGUUGCAGUUCAUAGUAUUGUCUGGGUCAAUAUUAUUGAAAAGUUCUGGGUAAUUCCAUUAUAUUUUACUAAUUUAAGUGGAAUUGCUUAUCGUAGGUAUCUCGAAAAACUUUUGUGGAAGUUGGAUAAAAUCACAGAAGGGUUUAAUGCUGUUGUUACAUUGUGUUCUGCACAGCUGAACUUGAAACUUUUCAAUUUAAGCUGUGAUGGAAUAGGAGAAUUUCUGCGUUUGGGAAGUUUGAGAUUGUUUUUCGCUUGUAAUAAAUAAUGAUUGGGAGGAAGAACAUGGGACGAGCUUCACCAUUACUUCUCGUUCUUUUGACUCUUGGGUUUUCCUUUGCUACUUAUAAUUUGUUAACUAUGAUAAUUCAUCAUAGAUCGGUUGGGAAGAGGGUAGGUGAUAAUACGAAUAGUGGGUUACUAUCUGACCCGAUUGUUGAGAUGCCGGAGAAUGUGAAGAAGUUCAAGAAUACCAAGGCACCAUUCCAUGUUGCCUUAACAGCCACCGAUGCCCCUUAUAGCAAAUGGCAGUGUCGCAUUAUGUACUAUUGGUAUAAGAAGAAGAAGGACUUGCCUGGAUCAGAUAUGGGAGGAUUUACUCGAAUUUUGCAUUCAGGAAAUCCUGACAAUUUGAUGGAUGAGAUUCCAACUUUGGUGGUUGAUCCUCUUCCUGCUGGCCUUGAUCGGGGAUACAUUGUCUUAAAUAGACCAUGGGCUUUUGUGCAAUGGCUGGAAAAGGCUACAAUUGAGGAAGAAUAUAUUUUGAUGGCGGAGCCCGAUCACAUUUUUAUAAAUCCUCUUCCUAAUUUGGCACAUGGAGGAUAUCCAGCUGCCUACCCAUUUUUCUACAUUAAACCUUCUCAGAAUGAGAAGAUCAUAAGAAAGUUUUAUCCUGAGGAGAAUGGUCCGGUCACGAAUAUUGAUCCAAUUGGAAAUUCUCCUGUAAUUAUUAAGAAGGAUUUGCUGGAAAAGAUUGCUCCUACAUGGAUGAAUGUUUCUUUAAGGAUGAAAGAAGACACAGAGACGGAUAAAGCUUUUGGAUGGGUGCUAGAAAUGUAUGCUUAUGCUGUGGCAUCUGCUUUGCAUGGUGUGCAGCAUGUUCUUCGGAAGGACUUCAUGCUGCAGCCCCCAUGGGAUUUGGAACUUAGUAAAAAGUUUAUUAUUCAUUAUACUUACGGAUGUGACUACAACUUAAAGGGUGAGCUAACAUAUGGCAAAAUCGGGGAAUGGAGAUUUGACAAGAGAUCGUAUCUACGUGGACCUCCACCAAGAAACCUUCCCUUGCCUCCUCCUGGGGUUCCUGAGAGUGUGGUCACCCUUGUAAAGAUGGUGAAUGAAGCUACGGCUAGCAUUCCAAAUUGGGACACACAAUAGGUCAGCUGCGUUCAAGAUACUAAAACGUUAUGAUACAACUGAUGUUUAGAGAAUGAACAAUCUGGUUUAAGGGUAGGCUCGUAGAAAUAGUAAUAUACACAAAUCUCAAAUCGUAAAUGGAAAUAAGAAGGUUCCAACUUCUCGUAUGUAUAUCUGGGUUGCGAAUGGAUUAUAUCGAGUUGAUUAUAUGGAAUCAGUUUUGGAGUAACACAGGUCUUCUUUCAA